AUGAGAAAGGAUCAAAACUUACCAUCCUUGUCUAUAAGGAUUAUCCAAAUAUCAUGCGCCAUAGCCUGGUGCUUGAUGGCUGCAGGUCCAGUGUUUGGUUUCGCAGCUUUGAAACCUAUUUUAAUCUCGCAAAAAGUCUACGAGUCUCGAUGCGACUUGAAGGCAAAAACUAUUGGUGAUGUUGAGUGUGUUGAGCAAGAUCUUGCAUUAAACAAUCUAUUUACCGUGGCAUGCAUGGUGACAAAUAUCAGUGCAUUACCUGUGGGUUCAGUAUUAGAUUCAUAUGGUCCCAAAGUAACAGGUAUCAUUGGCUCCAUAAUCCUUGCUUUGGGGUCGUUGAGUUUGAAAUUCGCUUCCCAAUUACAAUUAAUUGAUGGGUAUUUGACCGGAUACACCUUGUUAGCUUUAGGAGGACCAUUUGUGUUUAUAAGUUGUUUCCAAUUGGCCAAUAGCUUCCCUAGAAACUCAGGUUUGAUCUUGGCUUUACUCACGGGAGCCUUUGACUCUUCAUCGGCAUUAUUCCUAUUCUACAGAUUAUACUACUUCACAGUGGAGAAAUUGUCCUUGAGCAGUUUUUUUACUUGGUACUUGGCAGUGCCAAUAUUCAUCCUUGCUUGCCAAUUGUUUGUAAUGCCCAGAGACUCUUAUAAAACAGUGGGGACCUUGGCAAAGAUUGCGGAGACUGGAAUUGACGAGACUGGUUUGCCAUUGAACUCGGAUUUGUUAACACCCGCAGAUGCUGCAAACACUGGUGUUAACUCCAACGCUAAUACUGCUGCUACCGGAGAGCCAUACUACCAACCCACCAUUUCAGAAACAACUGCAUUGCUCAUGCGCAGACCAUCAGUAGGCGCAUCGAGAAGAGAAUCAACAGCAUCAAGAGCAUCGUAUACUUCAGUAAAGUCAUCAUACGAACAAGAAGCGGAUAGCAAACUAGUACAUACUACUGGUGGAGUUUUUGGAAUCUUACACGGUUCCUCUAUCUCUGCGCAAUUGAAAUCACCAUGGUUUCUUUUGAUGACCUUGUUCACUACGAUUCAAAUGUUGAGAAUCAAUUUUUUUGUUGCCACUAUCAAAGCUCAGGAGACAUACCUCUAUGGCGGCGAUGAAGCUAUUGCAACAACUAUAAAUCACUUUUUCGACUUGGCGUUACCUUUAGGAGGUAUACUUUCGAUCCCAUUUAUAGGACUAAUCCUCGAUAAUUUGACAACUUUAACAGUUCUUUACAUAUUGACGGGCUUAUCGUUGUUCAUUGGUGUUAUGGGUCUUUUAAGUUGGUUACCUGGGACAUACGCAGGUAUAUUGGUGCUUGUUGUUUAUAGACCUUUUUACUAUACUGCGGUCUCCGACUUUUGUGCCAAGGUGUUUGGAUACGACAAUUUUGGUACUAUUUACGGUACUAUCAUUGCCUUUAGUGGUGUGUGCAAUAUUUUGCAACAAGUUAUGGAUAAGAUAAUGCACGAAUAUUUGCACAUGAACCCAAACCCAAUCAACACGACACUUGUGGCAUUGACUGCGUUGUUUGGCUUCAUACUAAUUGCAUUUGUCAAAUCUCAGGAAAAAGAAAUCAAGAGGAGAAGUUUGGAAAUGGAAGCAGAAGAUGCAACGUAUGCCUCUAUGCCUAGUUAG